AUGGUGACAGUGAAAGUGUUUGUCUUGUUGUUAAUUAUAUUUGCAUUAGUAUCGCUUAUUGAAUGUCAAUGGAUUGGUGGUUGGGGAGGACCUCCAGUAGUGAUAGUUGGUGGAAGACUUGGUUUCGGUUACGGUGGUGGAUUUUAUCGUCCACCACCUCCUCCACCACCGCCUCCAUUCUUUUAUCACCCAAGACGCUGGUGA